AAUUGCCUCGAACAAGUCAUCAAAGCUUCCACUUCCUGCCCGAACAGUUCAGUUCAGGAAGAAGAAAUAAUGGCGACGCUUCUGGGGUCCGAGUCCUCCUGCACUGGAGGAAAACGACGAGUUUGCAACGGCAGCAUCGUCACGAAGUUCACGGCUAGUAAAAUUACUGGUCAGGGUUUCAGUCGAGGGACGGAGCUCCCAGGCGGGCUGCUCCAGGAGAGAGAUAAACGGGCCAAGUGGUACGGCAUCCCUACUCUGCUGCAGAGGCUCUACGAGAGCAGCCAUCCCAACAGCGACCUCUCCAAUGCCCACAGCUUUCUCAAGGUAUUAUCAUCCCAGCUCUCCGUGGAGGCCAUGUCUUUUGUCACGGAGGACAGGAAGACUGCUCAGGAAUCUACCUUCCCCAACACGUACACCUUUGACCUCUUUGGUGGAGUGCAUCUGCUUGUGGAGAUCUUGAUGAGACCCACAUUAACUGUGCAGAAGAAAAACAACAAUACAGUGAACGAUGACUUGGUCAAGGACUGCCUUAGUGUUCUCUACAACUGUUGUAUAUGUACGGAGGGGGUCACAAAAAGCCUGGCAGCGAGGGAUGACUUUGUGCUCUUUCUCUUCACCCUGAUGACUAACAAGAAGACCUUCCUACAGACCGCUACCCUAAUUGAAGAUAUUCUUGGUGUCAAAAAGGAGAUGAUCCAUUUGGAGGGAAUCCCCAACCUGUCGGGCCUGGUCCAAAGCUUUGACCAACAGCAGCUCGCCAACUUCUGCCGCAUCCUAUCCGUCACCAUCUCGGAGCCUGAUGUGGGAAACGACGACAAGCACACCCUAUUGGCCAAGAACGCACAGCAGAAACGCAACGCUAGCCCGUCUCGGGCGGAGGUCAACCAGGUAACCCUGCUGAACAUCCCCGGCUUCAUCGAGCGGUUGUGUAAGCUGGCCACUAGGAAGGUGUCUGAGGCCACGGGAGCAAACUUUCUGCAGGAGCUGGAGGAAUGGUACACGUGGCUGGACAAUGCCCUGGUGCUGGACGCCCUCAUGCAGAUGGCCACCGAGGAGGCUGAUCAAAGCAGCACGGAGUCAUCCGAUGAGAGCUCGCUGGCCACCGGCCCUCUGAGACACCGACUGCCCCAGUCCAUGAAGAUCGUCCAUGAGAUCAUGUAUAAGGUGGAGGUGCUCUAUGUGCUGUGUGUCCUUCUUAUGGGCCGACAGAGGAACCAGGUCCACAAGAUGCUGGCUGAGUUCCGUCUCAUCCCGGGACUCAACAAUCUGUUUGACAAGCUGAUCUGGAGGAAAUACACCACCUCAAAUCAUGUGGUCCAUGACCAGAAUGAGAACUGCGACUGUAGUCCGGAAAUAUCCUUCAAAAUCCAGUUCCUGCGGCUUCUUCAGAGUUUCAGCGAUCACCACGAGAACAAAUACCUCUUACUGAAUAGCCAGGAGUUGAACGAACUGAGCGCCAUAUCCAUGAAGGCUAACAUCCCGGAGGUGGAAGCACUAGUCAACACAGACAGAAGCCUAGUUUGUGACGGAAAGAAAGGCCUCCUCACGCGCCUCCUCACCGUCAUGAAGAGGGAGCCUCCGGACUCGUCGUUCAGGUUCUGGCAGGCAAGGGCAGUGGAAAGUUUUCUCCGAGGAGCCACCUCCUAUGCAGACCAAAUGUUCCUCCUGAAGAGGGGACUGCUGGAGCACAUCCUGUUUUGCAUCAUAGACAGUGGCUGUACGUCAAGAGAUGUCCUACAGAGCUACUUUGAUCUGCUGGGGGAGCUUAUGAAGUUCAACAUUGAUGCCUUCAAAAGAUUCAACAAAUAUGUCAACACCCCCAAGAAGUUUCAGACCUUCCUGACGCAGAUCAACAGUUCUCUGGUGGACUCCAACAUGCUGGUGCGCUGCAUCGUCCUUUCGUUGGACCGCUUUGAAAAUCUGACUGAAGACGUCAAAGUGGUGGAGGUGCUGUCUGAAUGCUGCCUGCUGUCCUACAUGGCCAAAGUUGAGAACAGGCUGUCCUUCCUCUUCCGACUCAUCAACAUCAUUAACGUGCAGACGCUCACACAGGAGAAUGUGAGCUGUUUAAACACCAGUUUGGUGGUCCUGAUGCUGGCCAGAAGGAAGGCUAAACUGCCCUUCUACCUCAACGCCCUGCGCGACAAGGAGUACGCUGACAAGUACCCGGGCUUCCUGCUCAACAACUUCCACAACUUACUGCGCUUCUGGCAGCGGCAUUACCUCAACAAGGACAAAGACAGCACCUGUCUGGAGAACAGCUCCUGCAUCCCCUUCAGCUACUGGAAGGAGACGGUGUCGGUGCUGCUGGGCUCAGAUAGGACUUCUCUGUGUGCCAUAGCCAGCUACAUUGACGAGCCCUUCAUGGAUCUUGACAGAGACCUGCUGGAAGAUUGACCUCCUGUGUGCGCGGUGUGAGUGCAUGGGAGGUCGGGGGUCGGGGGGGGGUGGUUGGGACUGGGCAGACGGCCAGAGGGAGCAUGGACACCUAAAGCUGGUGAAGAAUCCCGCUGAGCCGCCCGGGCGCUACGUGACUGCGUUGUGGAUGCAAAGACUGUUUCCCGUCCGUACCGUCCCGUUUGAGGCCGCACUCGCCGGGCCGUCCUCUCCUCGCUAAGUACCAAACUCUUCUUCAGAGGAAGAGGUGGAAACCAGCACUCCCUCCCCCAGACCGCCGUCACCGCUUGACACACGCUUAAGGGUGAUGACGCCUGCGUUGGUUGUUUGCUUUAGGUGAAAUUCAAAUAGAGCCUUUUUUAUAUAACCUAUAUAAAAUUCUAUGAAAAAAAAAAAAAAGUAUGAUUCAGAGUAUAUGUCAGUAUAUGGGAAAAAAAAUACAAUUCUCCUUUUGCGCAGGCUUUGUUUGAGAACGGCCGGAGCCGCUGUGCGGACACGCAGGUCUCACGGCCCCCCCUCCUCCCCACACACUGCUGACUCCAUGCCACUCCAGCGGGAGCAGGGGAGGAGCGGGGUAGUUUUCUCAAUGAACAGUUUUCAUUUAACCCGUCUGGGUCUAUUUUAUUAGGUGGCUCUCGUUGAGCAGAGCUGUCCGGCUCCACUCGGCCCAUUUUUAGGAACCCCGCGCGGCUCCUCUCACCUUAAACCCUCCACGUCGUUGUGGCUUCACCCAGGGACUCGUUUCUUCACCCCGUUUGGUUUUGAUUUACUUUUGUGUUGUUGAAAACAAUGGAUUUUAGCUCAUGGAUGAACUGUAGAAUAAAACAUUGCACAGAUUAUUGUUUUAUGUUUUACCAUAUUUUGUUCAUUAAAAACAUUUUCAUUUUGUAACCGAACUUGUAUCCAUGUUGUGGGAGAUGCUUUGGGAGGAGAAUAAACUAUGCAGGCGCUAGUGUUUAACAAACCGCUCUAAUUGUUCCAGUGCAAACGCUCGAGCUUCACCCCGUCAGCUUUGGAUUGAGCUUCUAGCGCCGUCGCUGGUCUCGCUCAAUGAGAUGCGAUGGCUCUGUUUGCGUCGGCCCACUUGGUCUUUGGUUUCGAUAAAGAUGAAGCUUUGGGGCCUGAAUGUGCAGCUGUUUUUAUCGAAGUGGAAGAUGCAGGGCUGAUCCAGUGUCUCGAAUUAAAGCGACCCGAUACAAGAACAGAUGGAUGAGCUACCUCAUAUUCUGUCCCGACGCGUACGGAUUAAACCACUAACGUCAAGUGUACAGUUUUACUCCCUGCAUGUCAUGACUCGUAACUGUUCAUGUGAAUGUAUAAGGGCAUUUCUACAGGUCACCCGAUGCCGCCUUGGGAUACAGACACAAAACGUCCUGUACACUUUGAAAGCCUUUCAUUUGCUUUAAAGCUAAUUAACCAGAAAUGUUUCUCUAGCCCAAAUUCAGCAUGUCUUAAAUCUCUUGAUGGGUGUGCACAUAUUUUGAAUUAGGUCAUCUUUUGUGCUUUGCAGUGGAGUAAAGUACACUUUACAAGUGUUUCUAUUAGAAAUUGUUUGUUUUCUCGAUGCCUGAGAUGGUUGCCAUGGUUUCAUGACGACGCGAUGAGACACAGGGUACUUCUGCAGUGUUUAUAUUCCUAGUAUGUUUAACAUUGAUGCAAACCUCCUAAUCACCCCAGUCUUCUACCUUGGGAGUCAAUGACUCAGUCGGUAGAAAAACAUGAAUGUUGUGAGCGCUCUUCUGGAGCAACUAUAUAAACAAUCUGAACCUUGACUUCUGUAGCUUUGCGAUCCCUCUGUAUGAUGCACACGGGAAAUGGUUCCUAACCCUUAUGCUGUAUGUGGUGUGAUGCUCCUAGUAGGCCUUAGAUUUCAUCCAUGCGUUUGUACAGGAAAUGGUGACAUGUUAUCCCCUCGGCCCAGAACACGCUGCAGUGUUGAGCAAAUCACUUAUUUUUAGAUCCCUGAAGCUUUGACUUUAUUUACUGGAGAUUCAUGUGAUGUUUGGCAUGAAGACUGUUUUGAACUCACUAAACUGACCAUAUGGUGCUUUAUUUUUUUGGAUCAAAUAAGAUUGUCACCUCACCAUGAACGAUGGCCGCCGUCGUUUGUUGAAGGGAACGACCUUUAAUAGAUGCGAGCAGCGGAUACUGUUGAUGGUGUACUCGUAAUUAUUCAAUUUUAGGUAAGAACCCAUGUUUGCAUUGAAUAAUGCAUAAAUCCCACAUGGUUAUUUCAAAGGUUCACCUCUGCACACAUCUAUUUUGACCUUUUUCUUGACCAUUGAUUGACUGGUUAAUGACAAACGGGGAAGAUUAAUGUUUUAGGUUUCACAUUCUACUAUAGCUACUUCUGUAACCAUGUUCCUCUAAUGCUGGUAUAUUUAACUUUUCCUUAUUUAACAGCUGUUUGUCAAAUUAAUGAUAUAAUAAAUUCCUCUUUAGACCUUCA